AGUCAAUACCACAAAGAAUAAUAUUAAAUCUUACUUCAAUUCUGAAUUUACGAUCACAAAACACUCUAAAGAUUUGUCAGGCUGGAAAAAAUAUGCAACUACUAACUCAGUUCAAGAGGCUUCUACAAAAUUGAUUUCUGAGCUUGCUCAAA